UCUCUCUCUCUCUCUCUCUCUCUCUCUAGUUGUUUACAGAACUACAUCCCUCCAGAAUCUCUGACGUUGUCGUGUCCUGUGUGUCGACAGACGUCCAUCCUACCGGAGAAAGGAGUAUCCGCUCUACAGAACAACUUCUUCAUCACUAACCUCAUGGAGGUCCUCCAGAGGGAUCCAGAGUGUUCGAGGCUUGAAGCCUGUAGUGUCCUGGAGUCAGUUAAUGCUGCUGCAGGAAAACCCCUCUGCUGCCCCAACCACGAGGGCAAGUGUGGUGUUUGUGUCCCCUGCAGGUGAUGGAGUUCUACUGCGAGUCGUGUGAGACCGCCAUGUGUCUGGAAUGUACAAAGGGAGAGCACAGAGAGCAUGUGACCGUCCCUCUGAGGGACGUCCUGGAGCAGCACAAAACCCAAUUGAAGACACAGCUAGACGCCAUACGCAAUAGACUGCCCCAGCUAACAGCAGCUAUAGAACUGGUAGGGGAGAUCUCCAAGCAGCUUACAGAGAGGAAGAACGAGGCGGUGACAGAGAUCAGCAGUACCUUCGAGGAGCUGGAGAGGGCGCUACAGUUCAGGAAGACAGCCCUCAUCAAUGACCUGGAGAACAUAUACAGCGCAAAGCAGAAGGUGCUCCAGGCCCAGCUCUCCUCUCUCCUCCAGGGGAAGGACCACAUCCAGAGCAGUUGUAGUUUUACUGAACAGGCCCUGAGCCACGGCAGUGCCACAGAGGUCCUGAUGGUGCAAAAACAGAUGAGUGAGCGGGUUUCUGCCAUGGCCCGUCAUGACUUCCCUGAACGGCCUCACCAGAACGCACAUCUGGACUGUCAGGUGGAGACAGAGGGCCUGCGUCGCUCCCUCCAGAACCUGGGUGUCCUCAUUACUACGGCAGCUGUAGGCCACACCUCCGUCGCCACGGGAGAAGGACUACGCCACGCAGCAACCGGACAACAUGUCAGCGUUACCGUGACGACCAAAGACAAGGACGGCGAGCUGGUUCGGACAGGGAACGCGGCGCUGAGGGCCACUGUCACGCCGGUUGCCGACGGAAGCCGUGUCGUCACGGAACCGGAGGUGACUGACAACAAGAACGGGACCUACGAGGUGGGAUACACGCUACGGUCCGAGGGGGAGUUCUCCUUCGCUCUGUCCCUCUACGGCCAGCCGCUACGGGGCAGUCCCUUCCGGCUGCAGGCGGUCAAGCCCUCGGAUGCGCUGCCGUCUCCGGAUGACGUGAAGAGGAGGCUGAAGAGUCCUGGCGGGACAGCGGGUCAUGUCAGACAGAAGGCUGUGAGGAGACCCUCCAGCAUGUUCAGCAUCAAAAAGAAGGAGAACCCCAUCGAGGAUGAACUCAUCCACAGAGUUGGUACGCGAGGGAGAGAGAAGGGCGAGUUCACCAACCUGCAGGGGAUCUCAGCCUCCAGCAACGGCAGAGUGGUGGUAGCAGACAGUAACAACCAGUGUAUACAGGUCUUCUCCAAUGACGGGCAAUUCAAAAUGAGGUUUGGGGUCAGAGGUCGAUCGCCGGGGCAACUGCAGAGACCCACGGGCGUUACCGUGGAUAUGAACGGUGACAUCAUCGUGGCCGACUACGACAACCGAUGGGUCAGCAUUUUCUCCUCCGAUGGGAAGUUCAAGAAUAAGAUCGGGGCGGGGCGUCUGUUGGGCCCUAAGGGCGUGGCAGUGGACAGGAACGGACACAUCAUCGCCGUGGACAACAAGGCGUGCUGCGUCUUCAUCUUCCAGUCUAACGGGAAGCUGGUCACCAAGUUCGGCGCCAGGGGGACGUCCGAGAGACAGUUUGCAGAAAAAAGUGGUGCCCAUUUAAAUAGAUCUGGCCCGGUGUUCAGUCCACACUUUGUUGCGGUGAACAACAAGAAUGAAAUCAUUGUCACAGAUUUCCACAAUCAUUCUGUGAAGGUGUACAGUGCGGACGGUGAGUUCCUGUUUAAGUUUGGUUCCCAUGGCGAGGGGAACGGCCAGUUCAAUGCCCCCACCGGAGUUGCCGUGGAUACCAAUGGGAACGUCAUCGUGGCCGACUGGGGCAACAGCCGCAUACAGGUAUUUGACAGCGCUGGUUCCUUCCUGUCCUAUAUCAACACAUCAGCUGACCCUCUCUACGGCCCCCAGGGUCUGACCCUCACCUCUGAUGGACACGUGGCCGUAGCCGAUUCUGGAAACCACUGCUUCAAGAUCUACCGCUACCUACAAUGAUAGAGAGAGAGAGAGAGAGAGAGAGAGAGAGAGAGAGAGAGAGAGAGAGAGAGAGAGAGAGAGAGAGAGAGAGAGAGAGAGAGAGAGAGAGAGAGAGACAUGGCUGACUCUUCAAAGGUUUGAGGGAUGGAUGGUAGGAGGGGUGGACAGAUGGACCCACAGAUGGAAGGAUGGACCAGACCGAACCACGGUUCUUAUACUGCUUCCUACAGUAGGGUGGAUGGACCAGACCGAACCACGGUUCUUAUACUGCUUCCUACAGUAGGGUGGAUGGAUGGACCGGACCACGGUUCUUAUACUGCUUCCUACAGUAGGAUGGAUGGAUGGAUGGAUGGAUGGAUGGACCGGACCACGGUUCUUAUACUGCUUCCUACAGUAGGAUGGAUGGAUGGACCGGACCACGGUUCUUAUACUGCUUCCUACAGUAGGAUGGAUGGAUGGACCACGGUUCUUAUACUGCUUCCUACAGUAGGAUGGAUGGACCGGACCACGGUUCUUAUACUGCUUCCUACAGUAGGAUGGAUGGACCGGACCACGGUUCUUAUACUACUACCUACAGUAGAGGGAGCCAGUUGGGACUCUCCCCUGCAGCUUUACCUUGUUCCCCGUAUGUCACUUUCUGCCAAAAAUCUCCAGACAAGGGAGAACUGAACUCCCCUUUAGGAGGCUGGAGUGGAAUGGAAAAUACGACUUUACCAGUGAAUUAGUGACAACAGGAAAGUUAAUAUGUCCAUACUCUAUUAAACAGUGUUAAUAUGUCCAUACUUCACACCCUGGUUGUGUCUAUUCCAUUGGGGACCACUUUGUAAACAAGUGGAAUCGAUUUAGCGUGUUAUUAUCCCCUUGGGUUGUGGUCAGCCAUCUUUUACCCAUAAAUCUAAAGGAGUGUUACAUCUGCCAUUUUGUGCGAUCUAUACAACCUUAUAUAGAUGUACAUCAUGUAUAUUUGUUUUGUGUGUAGAGGUAUCUGAAUACUUUAGAUCAAUGCACUAUCUAGUUACGCUAUGGAGAAGAGCUCAACCACUUCACAAGAUACUGUAUGUGAGGUUGAACUGUAUGAAUUGCAAAUAUCAAGAGCACAAAGUUACACACAUUUCUAUUUGUGUUCUUUUUCUAAAGAACUUAAACAAAGGACUUGUUUGUUUAAAAAUUUUUUUUUAUUUCUACACGAUUUUAUCUUUUAACAACAAACAAACAAAAAAUGUUUUUUAAUCUAAUUUGCUGCUGUUUAGAUGUCCUCCUCUUCUUGGCCUCGGGUGUGUCCCAAUAAUUCCUCCUUCUUCCUGAAGUGUGCACUUGUUGGGGCUAAAGUGAGUUACCGUUUACCGUACCAGUCAUGUCCUUGUAAUAGAGUGGACGUCCCCCGGGAAAUCAAAUCAAAUCACAUUUAUUUAUAAAGCCCUUCGUACAUCAGCUGAUAUCUCAAAGUGCUGUACAGAAACCCAGCCUAAAACCCCAAACAGCAAGCAAUGCAGGUGUAGAAGCACAAAUGAGUCUGUUUAAACUAGAGAUAUCUGUAUUUUUUUGCUUGGGCUGCCUCUCAAUCCACCACAUCCGCCAACGUCGGCUGUCCACAUCUGUGGUGGAAGGUGGCAGAGCUACAGCAGUGUUUGUCAGACCAGGAGACAUCCCCAAAAAUCGAUCUUCUCGGGAAAAGGUCUGUCGUGUUCGCACGGAAAGCUGAGACUUUCACAAAUGCGUUGAUGUUCUCCGUUUUGAUCUACUAGCUAUUUUGACCAGCUAUUUUGACUAGCUGUUUUGACUAUCUAUUUUGACUAGCUAUUUUGACUAGCUAUUUUGACUAGCUAUUUUGACUAGCUGUUUUGACUAGCUGUUUUGACUAGCUAUUUUGACUAGCUGUUUUGACUAGCUAUUUUCACUAGCUAUUUUGACUAGCUGUUUUGACUAGCUAUUUUGACUAGCUAUUUUGACUAGCUGUUUUGACUAGCUAUUUUGACUAGCUGUUUUGACUAGCUAUUUUGACUAGCUAUUUUACCAUGUAUGAAUAUCUUUUCCAAUUCAUUUAUAUUGGCUAAUAGACAUUUGGGAAAAAUAUCUUAGACUCCUCUGUCCUCCGUCCUCUGUGACCCGGAAACCGAUAGAUAAGUAGUUGAGGAAAGUGUCAAUUAGUUUGUAGGGGAAUGGAAGUGUGUCCUCCACUCCCCGAGUGCCCCCCCCCCCUCCCCGAGUGUCCUCCCCUCCCAGAGUAUCCUCCUUUCACCUAGGAUAGUCCUUUGUGGAAGAGUUGUAAUAUAUGCCACACCCCCUUUGAAUCAGCUGUUUUGUCAGAGGAGAAGAAAAGCAAGCAGACAUUUAAAACACAACAUGUUUUAUCUGGAAUAUGUCUGCCACAACUAGCAACAUUUAUUUCUACCACUUCACACCUAUAUUCUGGAUUCUGUUUGGCGCGCCAAUGGACAAGGAGAGUCUCGUUUCGGUUACAUUUUUAUUUGGAUGGUCCGGACGAUCUGUUGAUGAGAAACUACUUGCCAAAGUCAGGGUUAGAGCGAGGGUUAGUAGAUAGUUAUUUGAAAUGUUACUGGUCGUCUUUGUCGAGCCAAAUAAAGUGUUAAUCUCAUGUCAAAACAAGCACAUUUGCUCUCCUGGACGAGGAAGGAGGAGUUAACGAAACAAAUUGUGAAUCUCCCCAAUAAAGGGAAGUGGACACGUCUGGAGAAAGGAGAUUAUUGGAACGCAGGCCUUGUGACACUGUAGCACUGAAACACUGCUCAUCAGCGCCCUCUAGUGGGGGGAAACAUCCACAUCGACUAUUAUACUGAAAUAUAUUUUUGUACAUUGUUGUUGUUGGACAUUACACAAAGAUGAUUACUUUCAAAGGAAUAAUUUAUAUAUAUAUAUGUAACUCUGUGUAUAUUCAAAUAUUGCUAUCUAUAUCAUAUUCCAAAAGUGUAUAUUACUUCCUUAUUGUUGUUGUGGCUGACGAAAGCACUUCCUUAUUGUUGUUGUGGCUGACGAAAGCACUUCCUUAUUGUAUUUGUUCUGACUUUCAUAUCAAGUCACAUUUUAUUGGUCACAUACACAUGUUUAGCAGAUGUUAUUAGUCACAUACACAUGUUUAGCAGAUGUUAUUAGUCACAUACACAUGUUUAGCAGAUGUUAUUGCGGGUGUAGCGAAAUGCUUGUGUUUCUAGCUCCAACAGUGCAGCAGUAUCUAACAAUUCACAACAAUACACACAUCAAUACGCACAUCUAAAAGUAAAAUUAUAGAAUUAAGAAAUAUAUACACAUUAGAUUGAGCAAUGUCAGAGUGGCAUUGAUUAAAAUACAGUAGAAUAGAAUACAGUAAAUACAUAUGACAUGAGUAAACCACUAUGUAAACAUUAUUUAAACCUUAUUAAAGUGACCAGUGAUUCCUUGUCUAUGUAUAUAGGGCAACAGCCUCUAAGGUGCAGGGUUAUGUAACCGGCUAGUGAUGGCUAUUUAACAGUCUGAUGGCCUUUCACUGUUCAGAAGGCUUUCUUUGUGGUAAAUGAGAAGCACAUUGCCAGUUAACAGGGCAUGCGGAAAGAGUUCCACCCACAUGCAGUUAUAUUCUAAUUCAAGGGUGGCUCUUCCUGGAGACCAAUACCCUCCCUGCAGGGUUUGGUUCCAGUCCUACUCAGAACACACCUGAUUCUAUUAAUCAGCUCCUCCUCAGGAUAUUGGGUAUAGGGCUGGAGCAAAAGCCUGCACGCCCAGUAGCUCUCCAAUAUGACGGAUGGCCAACCCUGUUCUAAUUUCCCCUGUUUGUGUGAAUAAAUCAUAUGCUCUGUGCUGCAUCUCAAUUCACCGCACCCCAUCUGCCGCUCCCGAGGCACUGCAACUCAGGGCUAGAGGAGUCACUACAGACCCCGGUUCGAUUCCAGGCUGUAUCACAGUGGUCUAAGGCACUGCAUCUCAGUGCUAGAGGUGUCACCACAGAUCCUGGAUCUGAUUCCAGGCUGUAUCACAGCGGUCUAAGGCACUGCAACUCAGUGCUAGAGGUGUCACUACAGAUCCUGGAUCUGAUUCCAGGCUGUAUCACAGCGGUCUAAGGCACUGUAACUCAGUGCUAGAGGUGUCACUACAGAUCCUGGAUCUGAUUCCAGGCUGUAUCACAGCGGUCUAAGGCACUGCAACUCAGUGCUAGAGGUGUCACUACAGAUCCUGGAUCUGAUUCCAGGCUGUAUCACAGCGGUCUAAGGCACUGGAACUCAGUGCUAGAGGUGUCACUACAGAUCCUGGAUCUGAUUCCAGGCUGUAUCACAGUGGUCUAAGGCACUGCAUCUCAGUGCUAGAGGUGUCACUACAGACCCCGGUUCGAUUCCAGGCUGUAUCACAGCGGUCUAAGGCACUGCAUCUCAGUGCUAGAGGUGUCACCACAGAUCCUGGAUCUGAUUCCAGGCUGUAUCACAGCGGUCUAAGGCACUGCAACUCAGUGCUAGAGGUGUCACUACAGAUCCUGGAUCUGAUUCCAGGCUGUAUCACAGCGGUCUAAGGCACUGCAACUCAGGGCUAGAGGUGUCACUACAGAUCCUGGAUCUGAUUCCAGGCUGUAUCACAGCGGUCUAAGGAACUGCAUUUCAGUGCUAGAGGUGUCACUACAGACACCCUGGUUCAAAUCCAGGCUGUAUCACAGAGGUCUAAGGCACUGGAACUCAGUGCUAGAGGUGUCACUACAGAUCCUGGAUCUGAUUCCAGGCUGUAUCACAGCAGUCUAAGGCACUGCAACUCAGUGCUAGAGGUGUCACUACAGAUCCUGGAUCUGAUUCCAGGCUGUAUCACAGCAGUCUAAGGCACUGCAACUCAGUGCUAGAGGUGUCACUACAGAUCCUGGAUCUGAUUCCAGGCUGUAUCACAGCGGUCUAAGGCACUGCAACUCAGUGCUAGAGGUGUCACUACAGAUCCUGGAUCUGAUUCCAGGCUGUAUCACAGCCGGCCGUGAUUGAGAGUCCCCAUUGGGCGCCGUGUCGUCCGGGUUAGUGUUUGGCCCGGGGGGAGGCCGUCAUCGUAAAAAAUAAUUUGUUCUUAACUGACUUGCGUAGUUAAAAGUUAAAUAAAUACAAAAUAAAAUACACAUGAUUGGAACGGGAGGGAAUGUCCUAGACUUAACUCAUGUUACUGAUUUAGUCUCAAACUAUUCAGAAAAUAUUGUAUUUGCUUGAGUAAUCUCCUACCUUGAGUGAUAUUCUUACUGACCCCCUCCAAUGCCAUGACCUAGACUAAAACAAGCUAGGACUAAACUAAGCCAACACUGAAAUAAAAUCAACAGAAACAUGACAUUACGUUUACAAAGAUGCUGUAUAAUAUACAGUAUACAUUUAAACUAAUUUGUUUUGUAUUUUGUUCAGAUCGUAUGAUUACAAAAGUAUGUAUUAAAUAUGAAAUAAAUAUAAUAAAUAAAUUAAAUAUUAAAGACACAACACCGUCA